UUGUGACUAAACGUGUCUAGUCUUGUCUUGACUAACCGGUGUACGCCCAGCCUUAGCACAGCUGGCAUCUAUAAUAUUAACAUGAUAUCUUAAGCAUGGUUUAUGCAUGCAAUCUGUCAGCUGCAGGAUAUUUGUGUCACGAGACUAAGGGAUUGUGAUGCAUGUUUUGCUACCAUAUUUAGCCGAGCAGCAACUGAACAACAUGUUUCGCUACCAUACAGCAGAGUUGUCUGCUGUCAAUCAACUCUCAACGCAUCUAGUAUGAAAUUUCAUUUAGAUCCAAAACUCACUUGGAAGCCUCAUGUCAAAUAUGUGAGCACUGAGCUGUGUAGAGUGAUCUAUCUGCUGAGAAGCCUUGCUAAUACGAGCAACUAUUGGAAGUCCAUGUUUCGCUACCAUACAGCAGAACAGGGAUUGGAAGUCCAUGUUUCGCUACCAUACAGCAAGCAGCGAUUGGAAGUCCAUGUUUCGCUACCAUACAGCAGAGCAGGGAUUGGAAGUCCAUGUUUCGCUACCAUACAGCAAGCAGCGAUUGGAAGUCCAUGUUUCGCUGCCAUACAGCAGAAUAGCAAUUGAAUUCCUAUGGUUUUGUCUUUUUCCGCUUUGCUGCCGCUUUGCCUGCUCUUGCAGUGCUCUGAAAAUGGCGACAGCAAAGUGAAAAGGACCGAUUCACAGGAAGCUAUUCGACGGAAAGUCACAUCUUCACGUUUCUCCUUCUAAUGCAAUUCCAAGUUAUAGAGUUGUGAGGCUAGUUAUUCAACUAUAACUACCCAGUAUUCAUUCAUAUAUCUUCAAUAAUUGAUAGUACUCAAUAUUCUUGUAUACUAAAUACAAUUAUAUAAGCAUCUUUUUCAUAAGAAUUUAAUAGGUUUACCUGAACUGAUAAAUUUUUAUAUAAAUUACUAGUACCCUCUUUAAUAAUAAGAAUAAGAAUACUUUUAUUCCAUUAAAGCAGCACAAUGCAAUAGGAAACGUCAAUAAAUAUAAAAAGUCGAUAAACGUCAUUAAAACUAUUACAACAAACAAAAUAUGAAAUUGGCACUAUGAGAAUUUGAUAAAAGCAGAUCUAAUACAUAAUAAUCUUAUGCACUAUAAGAAUAUUUAAUAAUUAAUAAAAACAGACCUAACACAAGAGAAAUGGAAUAACAAAUUUUAGCCUAAAAAUAAUCUGAAACAGGUAGAUGAAGGAACUCAUAAAAAGAAUAAAUGGGAUUCUUUAAAAGGAGAUUUUCCAAUCUUUUUCUGAAUGAAAUAAUUGGUAGUUGCCUAACUGUAAUAUGAAGGAUAUUGAAAAGUGUUUAAGAUAAGUGGUCAGGACUAGUCAAAAUCUUACUCAAUCUUGUAAAAGGCACGUCUAUUCUGAUUCUAUUCCUUGUAUUGUAGCCGUGAAUGUCUUCUCUACAAUGAUGAGUGUCAAUGUUCUUCCUUUCAUUCAUUUAUUGUAGCCUGAUGGUCAAUAAAAAUGAAACAUGAAUCUUGAAGCUAGCUAUAUUUUAUAUGAAAACAUAUUAAGAGGGUACUAUAGUGAUUUCUAUAAUUAUUAAACAUAAAUUAUAA